AGGAGGAUCGGUUGAGGUUAAAAAUAAGAAGGAAUUUGUCUCCAGGAAUCUCAAACACGACACGCCAGUUUUGCUGUCUCUGUCUAGAUAUUUAAGAAGUGGAGCAAGGGAUUCAAUCGACCAUCCUUCCUGCUUUGACUGUGGGGAGGGAUUCACUCGGUCAUCUCAAUUGAAGGUACAUCAGCAAGUUCACACUGGGCAAGGUCAUUCAACUAUUCAGUGUGUGAGAAAAGAUUCUGUCGAUCUUCCCACCUGUGGACACACCUGUCAGUUCACACUGGGCAGAGGCUGGUCAUCUGCUGAAUUUGUGGGGAAGGAUUUACUCGGUCAUCUGAACAAAUGGCACACCAGCAAGUUCACACCAGGGAGCGGCCAUUCACCUGUUCAGUCUGUGGGAAAGGAUUCAUUUGGUCAUCUCACCUACUGACACACCAGCGAGUUCACACUGGGAAGAAGCCAUUCACCUGCUCAGAAUGUGGGAAGAGAUUCACUUGGUCAUCUGACCUACAGAGACACCAUCGAGUUCACACUGGGGAGAAGCCAUUCGCUUGCUCAGUCUGUGGGAAGAGAUUCACUGAGUCAUCCAACCUAAUGGUACAUCAGCGAGUUCACACUGGAGAGAAGCCAUUCACCUGCUCAGUCUGUGGGAAGGGAUUCACUCAGUCAUCCAACCUACGGAGUCAUCAGCGAGUUCACACUGGGGAGAAGCCGUUCACCUGCUCAGUCUGUGGGAAGGGAUUCACACUGUCAUCCACCCUGCAGAGUCAUCAGCGAGUUCACACUGGAGAGAAGCCAUUCACCUGCUCAGAUUGUGGGAAAGGAUUCACUCAGUCAUCCCAACUACUGGCACACCAGUCAGUUCACACUGGGGAGUGGCCAUUCACCUGCUCAGUCUGUGAGAAGAGAUUCACUUACUCUUCCACCCUACAGAGACACCAGCGAGUCCACACUGGAGAGAAGCCGUUCACCUGCUCGGAAUGUGGGAAGAGAUUCACUAAGUCAUCUCACCUACAGAGUCAUCAGCGAGUUCACACUGGGGAGAAGCCAUUCACCUGCUCAGUCUGUGAGAAGAGAUUCACUUGGUCAUCCGACCUACAGAGUCAUCAGCGAGUUCACACUGGGGAGAAGCCGUUCACCUGCUCAGUCUGUGGGAACAGAUUCGCUCGAUCAUCCACCCUACAGAUUCACCAGCGAGUUCACACUGGGGAGAAGCCAUUCACCUGCUCAGUCUGUGGGAAGAGAUUCACUCAGUCAUCCACCCUACUGAGACAUCAGCGAGGUCACACUGGGGAGUGACUAUUGUUAUGAAUCCCUAGAUUUCGUUUGCUGUGGACUGUCAUUUUGAGAGAGAGAGAGAGAUUAAGAAUGGAAAUCAGUCUGACUUGCAUCUUGUUUACAUCGCUCACAGCUUGUUUAGUUUUAACCAAGGACACAGACACUCAGAGUCAGACGGAGAUGAAGGAGGAAAAAUGGAAGGAUCGGAACAAGGGAACCAGUGGCCAAGGGUCAUUGUUUAGAACUUUAAUAUGCCCACAAGGGUGGGUUAAUUAUUGAUUCAGCAUACGUUGAAUGUGUGGUUGUCACCUCGUUUGAUCCAUAGGAGUGGAUCGGAUUUGGGGUAUCCUGUGAAGACCACUUAUGUGUUAACCCUUGCCUGGGUGUGGUGUGGAAAUUCACUUGAAGACGAUACCCCUUGUGAAAAGUCACUUUUGGUGAUAAUUUGUAUGUGGAUUUGGAACGACGACAGAUAAAAUCUACAGCGACUGUUCUCUCGUUUUACCACCAUGGAUGCUGUGGAAUUCAACGUUAUUGCCUUCUCUCAACAUUUACCCUGGAUUACAAAUAUCUCUCUCUCCUCAACUAUUCUGUGGUUUAACUGAACUUUCAUAGUUCACCAUCUCAAGACUCCAAGCCUUGUUUCCCCUGAGCUCAAUAGUUUGGGAGUUAUAUUUACCCACAUUUAUACACAUAACACUGUUAAUUUUUGUUUAUCUUGCUUAAGUUACUAUAUUGUUAGUAGGUACUAAUAAAGAUAGUGGAUUUAACAUCAAAAACAGACUCUAGGUGUAGUCUAUUGCUGCUGACUCAUUUCUAAAGUGUUACGGGGACAAAAUUGGGACCUGCAUCCGAUAUAGGAAAAGAUUUGGAGGCAUAUUGAUUAAUUAUCGAUUUCAUAGGAGAAAUCCCUUUUGAUUUAUUUGUGUGUGGAAAAUCAGCAGCAAUGGAUGUUGAUAGAUUUCUGGAAGCGCCAACCUCUAAGGCACUAAAGGACACCAGAAGGAUUGAGUUGUUGAGUAUUGUUAAAUGGUUAAAACUUGCUAAGGUGAAAUCGACAAUGAGGAGGUCACAGAUGCAGAGGAUAAUAGCUGAACAUUAUGUAUCUGAGGGUGUGUUUAAAGUGGAGGAGUUGGAGGUGUUUCCUGAAAGUAAACCUAGUGAGCUUGGCCUCCCAUACAAGUUAGAAAAAUUGAAGAUGGAGGCUGUGGAAAGGCAGAGGCAGGUUGAGGCUGGAGAGGCAGGAAAACAGAGAGAAGAGGCAGAAAAACAGGGAGGAAGCAGAAAGACAGUGGCUGUUCGAGCUGGAAAAGAUAGAGAGAUUGCAGCAAAGGGGUCUAGCGUUAGACUCUGGUGAUAAGUUUGAGGGCAGUCAGGAAGUUAAAUUGGUUCCUUCAUUUGAUGAUGCAGAGGUUGAUAAAUACUUUCAGCAUUUUGAUAGAGUUUAAAUUUUUGAUAGAGCUCAGAGUUUAAAGUGCCCAAAAGAGGG